AUGGAUGGUGGUGAAGAUUCACCUGAAAGUCUAAGUGUCAAUGCAACGGCUGUAUCAAGUUCUGAUAAUGCAGAGCCAAGUGCCUCACAGACUGGAGCACUAUGCGAUUCCCUUGAGAAAGGCGGGCAGAAAGCAAACGAAACAGAGGUUGAUGAAUCCUGCACAACAAAAAAGCGGCCUCACAACAGCUUCAUUGAAUAUUACUUGAGCAAAGGAUUGGAUGAAGAAAGGGAAAAUAUGGGGAAAAAGAAAUUGAAGGCUCCAAAGAAUGUUGCAAAGCAGUGGAAGUCACUCCCACAGGAGGAGAAGAGACCAUUCCAAGAUGCAGUGAAGGAUGCUUGGAAGAAUCAUGCUAAAGAGAGAGGUGAGCGCCCUGAAGUACCAAAGAAGGCAUAUCUUGAUUCCCGGUGUUCGUUAAGAAAGUUUGCAGCAGUUGUCAAAAUGUUUGAUCAAGAUCAGAUUCAAGCAGUUAGCACCCUUGGACUUGCUGGGCUCUUGCAUAUUAAAAAGCAAAAAAGGAAGUUCCAAGUUAUUGAAGAUCUCGCUGCUAGGUUUGACAUAAAAUCUUGUGAGUUAGAGGUUCAUGGUGGGAGAUUGAAAUUAACUCCUGGUGGAGUUGAGUGGCUGUUGGGUCUGCCGUCGUCUGGGCUUAGCGUGGAGCAAUUUAUUGGCAGUGAUGAGGAUGUCCGCAUAAUGUAUAAUCUUGGUUCAGAUCGAAUUCACGCUGGUCAGCUAGGGGAUAGUUUGGCUUCAAUACCAGCCAGUCCUGAGUUUCAAGCAAAAUUCCUUUUGUAUGCCAUUUCCACUGUGAUCCGGCCUAGUACAUCUGUAUAUGUAAGUCCAUCAUGCUUUGGCAUCUUGAAAAAUCUCUCAAUUGUCUGUGCUCUCAAUUGGGCAAAAUAUGCAUUGGAGGGCCUUGUUAGUGGAAUUAAGAAAUAUCGUGAGACUGAUUUCACUCCUAGCAAAGCUAAGCGCCUGACUGGGUGUCUUCUCAUUUUAGAGCAUGUCAAUGUUGGCCAAAUAAAAUUACCAAGAGCGAGUGGAUUAGCACCUCGGAUUCGGGAUUGGGAUGAAGAUGCUAAAAGUCUCGUGUUCGAGAAGGUAUACAAGCUUGGAGGUAUGGACAGUGAUAAGGUUGAACUGGUUAUGAGACAUGUUUCCGCUCCCAGUAGUAUGCCAUCAUGUGGUGUUACGGUUGCAAAGAACGGAGAACUUACCGAAUUGCGUAAAGAUAUGGCGAAGCUUCGAGGGGAUGUAAUGUUUUACAUGGAGAAAAUGGGUGCUGACAUGGCUAACUUUAAGGAGACUGUUCUGUCGGCAAUUGCUGGGAAGCAAGUGUUUCUACUUGAACCAUCAGCACAUACACUUCCUUCACAUCCCAAUCAUGACAGUCGAGAGGCUGAACAGGAUGUCACAGAAAUUCCUACUGAGGUGAUACCAGAGCAAACUGUCCAGACAUCACCUGGGCAAACGCCUACAGAUUUAGGCUCGCACAAGGGCAAGUUGCAAGGGUUUGUUUCGUGUUCUGGACAGCCUUGCCUGGCUGCUUGGAAGGAUUCUGUCGAUCCCCAUUCCAAAGGGAGCAUUGUUUCAGAUGGAGCUGAAGAAAAAAAGGUUGACAUUUGA